AAAUUCGGAUUCAAGCAGCCAUGGCCGGACUGACUUGGAUCAGAUUGCAUCUCAAUCCGUGGGCCAAUGUAUCUAAAUUCGAAGAUGUCUCGNGUAAUACGAUCGGUCGUCAAAAUGCGACUGUGCAGCCCGCCGAUAGACGUCAGUAUGUCCUUGAUUCUCUCGAACAUUCGAGACGAAGGGAGUGGUUGUGGGUAGUCGUUGUCGCUGGGGUUGGCUUCUUGACAGAUGCAUACAACAUCUUUUCUAUCAACCUCGUCAUGCCUAUGAUAGGGCAUAUCUACUAUCCAGACUCGACACCUCAACCCGGUGUUGUACCUCAGAAGUAUGCAGUGGCUAUCAACAUCGCGACUCUUGGAGGAAGCAUUCUAGGCCAGCUAGGCUUUGGUCUUGCUGGGGACUGGUUGGGUCGAAGAAAGGCUUAUGGCCUUGAGCUGAUUAUCACUGUUGCUGCUGCCUUAGGCUCGGCCAUGGCGUCGAAUGGUUAUGCCUCAAAAGAGGACAAAGGAUCCAUGUCGCUCAUCGCGUGGCUCAUAUUCUGGCGCCUGGUUAUGGGCAUCGGGAUCGGAGCCGACUAUCCACUGAGCGCCGUUCUGUGCUCGGAGAUGGCUCCAACCAGACUUCGUGGCAGAAUGCUGACUGCCGUUUUCAUGUGUCAACCACUUGGACAACUUCUUGCUACAUUAGUGCCUUUGAUCGCAGUAUACGCCGCUCGCGAAUCACUACCAAACAGCACAAGAGUGUGCGAUGCAGAUUGCGCGAGGACCCUGGAUAUCAUAUGGCGUCUUGUUCUUGGACUUGGAGCGGUACCUGCUGCAGCUUCUCUCUGGUUCCGGCUGACCAUCAUCGAAAGGUACGACGCGAAAAAGUUGUGUGGUAUUGCACGUGUGCUGAUCAAGUCGAAAAACAGUCCAAGAUACACUGUUGACAUUGUAAGAGAUGAUCAUCAAGCAGCCGUUGAUGUCAAACGUUACUUCUACUCAGGCGACCACUUCUCGACUAGGAGUCGUGAUUCCUUCCAGCAAGAACAUGAGGAUGGACAACACGUGGAUGGAACGGAAACCCCAAUCUUUCCUCUAUCAGUCGUAGAUUCUGAAGGGGCGCAACAGCCGCCUCAAGCCUCUUGGUCAGACAUUGUGGACUACUUUUGGCACCAAGGAAACUACCGCACACUGGUAGCGACAUCGUUGACUUGGCUAUCUCUUGACCUUGCAUUCUACGGCCUUGGCAUGGUGUGUCUAACCCAUCACAAAUUAAACUAUCUGCUGACUCGUUCCAAAGNNAACGAUUAUAGGGCUCUGGGUCAAAUUUGGUCAACCAAUCAUGGAGAUGAUCCAGAGAGUACUUACAAUCCUCUUGAUCCACCAUUUUUAUACCAGUCUUUACUAGCCAACGCCUGGCAGAGCUUGCUGAUUGUCUCACUCGGAGCCAUUCUCGGAAACCUUAUCACACUUGUGUCUAUUAACCGCUUAGGACGAAGAACGAUCCAGAUCAAUGGCUUCUUCUGGUUAUUCGUCCUGUUCCUCGUGAUUGGUACAAGCUAUCACAAGUUGGUUAACACGCCAAGAUCUUCGGUGCUCGUAAUACUGUACAUUCUAACACAAAUCUUUUUCAACUUUGGACCGAAUACUACCACAUAUAUCAUUCCUGCAGAGGUUUUCCCCACGCGCUACAGAUCCACAGCCCAUGGCAUCAGUGCUGCCUUUGGCAAACUCGGAGCUGUGGUGUCCCAAUGCAUUCUGAUUCCACACGGUAUCAGGGAGGACAAGUACUAUCUGCUUGUAUUCUCGGCAUUUAUGCUCAUAGGACUUGUAUUGACGGUAUACUGGAUCCCACGCUCGCGCGACCAGAACGGAAAAACUUUGACAUUGGAAGAACUCGCGCUAGGCCGAGCUGCUGUCAAAUCGGAA